CUUCCACGACAACAACAGACUCUGCUGUGAAAGAGAGCAAUGCCACACGGCCAGGAUCCAUCACUACUCCACAGAGCAAUGUCACCAUACGUCCAGUCACCUCUGCCUCUGUUACCAACACAGCAACACUACCAGGCAACUGUCCGACUGGGUCCUGUCCACGUCUCAGUGUGUGUAUAAACACCACCUGCGUAUGCAUAGCUGGAACCAUCCUCUCAAUGGGCAACUGUUUAGAAGCAAAAGUGUUCCCAGGUGUUCUGCGUGUGAACCGUUCGUUUGUGGACCAAAUGAAGAACAGUCAUUCUCAGGAAUUCCACCAGUUUGCUGCUGAAUUGUCUGGACAGCUGUAUCAAGCUUUGCACCCUCUGUCAGACUACAUAGAGCUCAAAACUCUGAAUCUAUCAUCUGGCAGUGUGGUGGCUGUAGUGAACAGCAUUUUUGAGCCGACCUCCAGAGUUUUACGCCAGGCAGUCACCACUGCCAUCAGCGCAGCCAUUAACAGCAGCAGCAGUGGAAACAUUCUGGCCAAUGCCACUUAUUAUGCUACGAGUCUGUGUAAUCAGAUUCCGUUUCCGUGUGACUUCAGCACAACACAAUGUAGCGACAGUGGUAUCGGCCUUACGAAUUGCACCUGCUUGCCUGGAUUUAUAGCAAAUGAAUACUCUCCAAGGAGCUGUAUAGCAUGUCCCCCUGGCUCCAGAUCCAAUAACGACCACACCGACUGCACGCCGUGUCCAUUUGGUUAUUCUGGCUUCAACUGUAAUGACUCGUCUUUGGUGGCACUGGUGGUUGUAGCUUGCGUUUUAGGGGCGCUUCUGCUUAUCCUACUACUUGCCAUCCUUGUCUACGGUAUUAUACGCAGGAGAAACUCUAGGCGCAUGAGCUACGACACCUGUCUUUACCCUCUGGACGAAGGACGCUCCUUGCACUCGCAGAGCUUUACGCCAUUCCCCCGUGCCUCUGCCAUACCCUCACAGCCUAAUGGCGCAGGUGCCAGUGUGGAGCGGCUGGACCCGGGCACCAGGCCUGUAAGUGUCUGGAAACCCCCCAACAACGUACUGAUGAGAGGAAAGACGGGCUCCUAUGAUGUCAUCCCCAUCAACCUGAACACAUUUACGGGUGAAAGCCCUUCACGCUACACAUACUUCCCUGAGGGCCAAGAAAACCCUUCCUUCGUAGAUGUAAAUGAGCAAAGAUCAACAUGAGGGGGUGAGAGAGCAGCGCUGUGCAGUUACAGGAAGAAGGGAGAAAAGAUUCGAGAAAGAAUAACGGCCACAAACUGAUUCAUGAGGACACAGGUCCAACAUGUGUAGCUCGGAGUGAGCAGACUGCUCGUUGUCUACCUGACUGAUCUGUUGUGUCCUAUGUCUCAGGUCAGGUCAUAUUCAGGAAACAUUUAACCAAGCCUUUGCCUGAUUUUUACAGUCUGAAUUUUGAGCAUGUGAAACUCUUAGCACACUAUAGCUAAAUUUGCUGCAUUUGACACCUUGCCCAUAAAUGAUCUGAAAGAUCAUUUUUAGAUCUAGUGCAUGCUUGGUUUUAUUUAUUUGAUGAUUCUUAUAUUUUGUUUUAGAUCAUUCACUUGAAAUGUGUGGGACAUAAGAAAUCUUCCCACAUUGCACCUGGAUACUGUAUUUAUCCCCUGUCCUUAAUCUGUUUUCUUGGGAAUUGGGAAGGGUUUAAAAAAAAAACUUCCAUAGAAAUAUUAAGGAACACUAAAAAAAUGUAGUCAGUGAUACUCAGAUCAAGAUUUUAUUCAGUUCUGUGGAGGAUCAUUGUGCUUUCUGAAUCUAGUGAUCCUUCUACCUCUAGAAGCAACUCUCCAUUACACCACCUUUCAACUUGGGACAGGGUUUAGUCAUUCAUUGAUAUUGUUUUUCUCUUUGCUUUGUGAUACAUUUAUUGAUUUGCCUUCUGCAUGUUUUGCACAGAACUGAGGUAGUUAAAGUGGAGGUUUAAGAAGGGUCAGCCCUGUUUGCUAGGGGAUGUUUUGAUUUCUCUUUUUGUAAGUCCAUAUUCAGAUAUACCAGAAUACUCUCUGGCUCUCAGUGAUCCAUUAUAAUAAAUAGGAUCCUUAUGCAACACAGAGGAAAAUCCUUUUUUACAGUAUGUGCCAAUAUUUAUUCAAUCGAAUAAUACAAUUUGUAUGACGUUGUUUUCAUGUCUGAGUCUGCAACCAUGUGAUUUGCUAAAUGUGCA